GCCCCUUGCUUUUCUUUCCCUUUUGGCCUUUCCGUCGCCGCGUCGCCGGCGCCCAUGUCGGGACCCUAAUCCCCGCCUCCCUCCGCUACGAUGAGGAGGCCCCAUGGCACCUCCCACGGUUUCCUAGUCCAGCAGAAGUGGCUGGUGCUCCUCCUCGCAAUCCCCCUCCUCGCGCUCUUUCUCCUCGUCCGACCCCUCGGCCCACUCAAACCCCACCGCGCCUCCGAUCUCGACCGAUCCCACGAACACAUCCGUCCUCCCGCACCUCCACGUCUCGCCUACCUGAUCUCCGGCACCAGGGGCGACGGACGCCGCGUCAAGAGGCUCCUACAGGCUCUGUACCACCCAUGGAACUUCUAUGUCCUCCACCUCGACCUCGCUUCGCCUCCCGAGGAGCGAGCGGAUCUGGUGGCCUACGCCUCGUUGGUGGCCACUUUCCUCGAGUUAGGCAAUGUCCGGGUGGUGAAGGACGCUAAUCCGGUGUCGGAAAAGGGGCCGACCGUGGUGGUUUCUACCCUCCACGCUGUUGCCGUUCUGCUGAGGGAAUUCAAGGAUUGGAGCUGGUUUAUCAAUCUCAGCGCUGCGGAUUAUCCUCUGAUGCCCCAAGACGAUAUUCUUCAUGUUUUUUCAUACUUGCCUAGAGAUUUUAACUUCAUUAGGCACACGAGCGAUAUUGGUUGGAGGGAGUAUGAGAGGGCACGCCCGAUCAUCAUAGAUCCAGGGUUUUAUAAGCCAAAUAAAACUGCUGUCUUCUGGGCUAAAGAAAAGAGGAGCAUUCCUUCUGCUUUCAAAAUAUUCACAGGUUCCUCAUGGGUGAUUCUAUCACGACCUUUUCUUGAUUUUUGCAUCAGUGGAUGGGAUAAUCUUCCUAGGACUUUGCUUAUGUAUUAUACAAACUUUUUGUCAUCCUCAGAGGGUUAUUUCCAUACUGUAAUGUGCAACUCCAAAGAUUUUCAAAACACAACAAUUAAUGACGAUCUACGCUUCAUGGUGUGGGAUAAUCCACCUCGGCUGUACCCGAUGAAUCUGACAUCACAGCACUUCGGUUUGAUGGUUGAGAGUGGAUCCCCUUUUGCACAUUCUUUUGCUGAGGAUGAUCCUGUUCUUGAAAGGAUUGACCGCGAGCUUCUGCAUAGAUCCAUAGGGGGAUUUACACCCGGUGGCUGGUGCUUGGGUGAUCCCCAGCUCAGUAGGGAUCCUUGUUCCGCGCAUGGAAGACCCGACACCAUACGGCCAACCUUAAAUUCAAGAAGGCUGUGGGCAUUGUUGGUGAAACUUCUUCAUCCUGAUAAUUUCAGGCCUAGACAAUGUAUAUAGCUGAGAUACGUCAGAAACAAAAGGUUGUAGAAGUCAGUUUCCACAAGGCUGUGACAUCGCUGGCGAGGCAACAGAAAUUUUAGGUGGUCUGUCGAUUGACAGUCCUCACAGAACAACUCUCAUUUUGAUGUUUCGAUUUCGGCCAGCUUUAGAGGAUUAUGUUUUUAAAAAAAAUUGUUGUCCAAAGGCUUCCAAACUUCUAUCCAGUGACCAUGUUUUAUUUUCUUGCAUAUUGAGGUCCCUGUGUCCUGCAUGUUCUAUUAAAGUGAGAAAGAUAGAGUGGAAGGUUUCUUCAGGUCCUGUAAGCUAAAUUUCGUUGUUCUUGUGGAAAAUCUGUACAAAUUUGAAGACUUUGGAUUAAUUUUAUCUUCUUUACUUCUGAUGUUUGCAA